AUGAAGACGGAUUUCAAGUUUUCCAAUCUCCUCGGGACCGUCUAUCGCAAAGGGAAUCUCUUGUUCACUCCCGACGGCUCCUGCUUGCUUUCUCCCGUUGGGAACAGAGUCUCCGUCUUUGACCUGGUCCAAAAUACCUCCUACACCCUCCCGUUCGCACACCGGAAAAACAUCGCCCGAAUUGAUCUAUCUCCCAAGGGCAAUCUUCUACUCUCGAUAGACGAGGAUGGCAAGGCGAUUUUGACCAAUUUCAACCGCCGGCUACCGAUCCAUUACUUCACUUUCAAAUCUUUUGUAUCCGCACUCUCUUUCUCGCCCUCCGGCCGCCAUUUCGCAGUGGGGUUUGGCAGGAGGCUCCAGAUAUGGCGAACACCUUCCACCCCAGGAGCUGAGGGCAGUGGAGAGCUAGAAUUCUCGCCAUUUGUACUACAUCGGGAUCUGGCAGGACACUUUGACACGAUACAAAAUAUUCAUUGGUCGAGUGACUCGCGAUUCCUCUUGACGGCAUCUAAAGAUUUAACGGCAAGGAUAUGGAGCGUGGAUCCGGAGGAAGGAUUCGAGCCUACGACUCUAGCUGGACAUCGCGAGGGUGUUAUCAAUGCUUGGUUCUCUAACGACCAAGAGUCGAUAUAUACUGUUAGUAAAGAUGGCGCACUGUUCCGCUGGGGAUAUGUAUCGAAAAAGGGCGAGGAUGGUUCCACGUCUGAUGAACGUUGGAGAAUCGUUAAGAAAGAUUACUUCAUGCAAAACGCCAAAAUAAACUGUGCUGCUUUCCACGCAAAAGCUAAUAUCCUCGUUGUUGGAUUUGCAAACGGGAUCUUCGGUCUAUAUGAGAUGCCUAGCUUCAGCCAGCUUCAUCUAUUAAGUGUCUCCCAAAGCAAUAUUGAUUGUGUUACUAUCAACAGCUCUAGCGAAUGGCUUGCGUUCGGUUCCUCGAAGCUGGGCCAACUGCUAGUGUGGGAAUGGCAGUCAGAGUCAUAUAUACUAAAGCAGCAAGGGCACCUGGAUUCCAUGAACGCUUUAGUUUAUUCCCCUGACGGCCGAAAGAUCAUCACUGCUGCAGACGAUGGAAAAAUCAAAGUUUGGGAUAUCAACACUGGUUUCUGCAUCGUCACAUUUACUGAACACAAGAGUGGUGUCACGGCCUGCCAGUUCACAAAACGUGGCAAUGUGCUCUUCACAGCAUCCCUAGAUGGAUCGGUAAGAGCAUGGGAUCUCGUACGGUAUCGAAAUUUUAGGACGUUCACUGCCCCUUCUCGGUUAUCCUUUUCCUCUUUAGCUGUCGAUCCCAGUGGUGAAGUGGUAUGUGCCGGUUCUCUGGACUCCUUUGAUAUUCACAUUUGGUCUGUUCAAACAGGUCAGCUUCUUGACCAGCUGUCGGGUCAUGAAGGCCCCGUCUCAUCCCUAUCUUUUGCCGCGGAUGGAAGCCAUGUUGUCAGCGCCAGUUGGGAUCGCACAGUUAGGAUAUGGAGCAUAUUUGGGAGAACACAGACGAGCGAGCCGCUACAGCUACAGUCAGAUGUGCUUUGUGUGGCUUUUAGACCAGACGGAAAGCAAAUUGCUGCCUCCACGCUUGAUGGCCAACUGACGUUCUGGUCGGUCGAGGACGCUGUCCAGCAAUCAGGUAUCGAUGGUCGUCGUGACGUGUCUGGAGGAAGAAAGAUAACGGACAGACGCACUGCUGCAAAUGCGGCGGGUACCAAGUCCUUCUCUACUGUAGCAUAUAGCGGUGAUGGCACAUGCCUGCUAGCCGCUGGAAACAGCAAAUAUAUCUGUCUCUACGAUGUUGGCACGAGCUCCUUAAUUAAGAAGUUCACCGUCUCUGUCAAUACGUCGUUAGAUGGAACACAGGAAUUCCUCAAUAGUCGAAAUAUGACCGAAGCUGGACCCCAGGGCUUAAUUGAUGAAACUGGCGAAGCAUCUGAUAUUGAAGACCGAAAAGAUACUACACUCCCAGGAGCCCGUCGUGGAGACGACGGAGCGAGAACAACUCGCCCUGAAGUUCGUGUGAUGGCUGCGGCAUUCUCACCCACUGGGAGAUCAUUCUGUGCUGCAUCCACCGAAGGCCUACUAAUAUAUAGCCUCGACAACGACAUGAUAUUCGAUCCCUUUGACCUUGACAUCUCCAUCACACCAGAUAGUAUCCUUGCCACUGUUGCAGCAGCCAAAAAAGCAGCCUCGUUACAGCUCUCUAACUCAUCGACAUCAGACCCUACCACAUCUGAUUCAUCAUUCCUCAAAGCCCUUAUAAUGGCAUUCCGCCUCAACGAAUCCGAACUCAUACGAACAGUCUACGAAUCCAUCCCUCCAUCCGAAAUCCCUCAUAUUGUCCGCCUAAUCCCUACCGUCUAUGUAACACGCCUCCUCCGCUUCGUCGCCAACGCCGCAGAUGAAACCCCACAUCUAGAAUUUAACCUUCUCUGGAUACAAGCGUUGCUAAGCAUACGAGGGCGCUAUAUUAAAGAUAACGCAGCAUCCUUUGCAGCAGAACUAAGAUCUGUCCAAAGAGCGAUUGAUGGAAUCAGAAACGACCUAAAGAGACUUGCUGAUAAGAACUCGUAUGCUUUGGAGUACUUCCUUUCAAAACCUGCUUAUGCCCCAGGAGCAAAGAAAAUUAGCGCCAAUGGGUCGAAUGGACUACUUUUGGACAGCUCCAAGGAAGGUGAGGAUACCCAGAUGGGUGACGAGGGCGCUGAGGAUGUCCAUGAGAGUGAUGGAGAUUGGAUUGGAUUGGAGGAAUAG